AUGGUACAGCUUACCAACAAAGGCACUGAUUUCACCUGGAACCUCGUCGCCCCUGCCGUUUGGACUACCAUCGAGCCUGCCGUUCAAAUCAGCACUGCCUGUCUGCCUUCUCUGCGUGUGCUGUAUCGCAAAUACAUGGAUAACCGCCACAGAAAGCAUAGAUCUGCUGCUGCUUCGGCACAGCGUUUGCGUGGUAUGGAGUUGACUUCUCCGCGUGCGGACAGCACGAUCAACGGCUCUGUGACUACAAAGUCUAGCAGAGAACAGCAAGGCUACGGGAUCGUGGAGAGAGAUGUCUAUAUCUAG